GCAAUAAUAUACCUAUAUACACUGCUGACAAUCAGAAAAAUGUUGUUUUGAAGGCAUCUCCUCCAUAUGUCUAUGGGGCGACUCACCCUAUCAUGGUUGUUCCAAGAGCAGGGGCAGGUCCAGUGAAACCACUGAAAGUUUAUUCUGCACCAUCUGUCCCAGUAGCUGAACCCCCUCCGGUAUCACUAUUGAGUGAGUCAGAUUUGAAACAGAUUGAAGAAAUGUUUCCAAACAUCGAGAAAGACGUCGUCAAAACAGUGUUUGAAGCCAACAGAGGAAACAAGGAAAGCACCAUCAACUCUCUCCUUCAAAUGUCUGACUAAUUUGUCAUUGACUGUGAUUUGUAUAUAAUUUUAAUGAAUUUUAUAUAUCUAAAUAUCAAUGAAAUAUGAAAGUAAUCUUUCUUCAAUUGUUAUAUUGUAUAAUCAUGUUACAACCUAAUUCCAGCUUAUUUCAUUUUGGCCAUAAUUUAUUUCAAUUACUAGUCCAUUAGUGAACUGAUUAUAAUGUGUUAUGUUAAUGAAAAAUCGUGCCAAUAUAUGUUUGCAGUUGGA